GACCCUCUUGCGGCUCGAGAGUUGAAACGACGAUACGACCAAAUGUGCAACGUUGGCAAGGACGGUAUACGCAGUCCAUACUCCGUCACAACCUUGACUGCUCAGACUGGGGGCACUGUUCAUCGUGUUAGUCACCGUAACACGCGCAUUAUCAAUUUGGAUCACUUGUUUUUACCGGAACCCAAGGAUGACGUUGUUUUGGUGCGUGAUACGGAGGGACCGAAUGGUACAUCGUGGCUGUCUUCCUCUCGGCUGCGAUCCACUCUUCCCAGGUUCUCGCGCAAUCGAGGAAGAUCGAGCUUUGGGUUUCCUGCAACAACAUCGAUGGUGUCCUUGUCAUUGAGGCCGCCCCCAAGCCUUUCAUCGCCAUACAGCCAAACUCAAGCCAUCCAAGCAUAUCAUUCGCCAUAUUCAUCUAACACAGGAUCCUUGCGCUCUCGUGCUGCUAACGCUAUUGAGGCUGUCCACCAGUUUGCAAGGUCAUCAUUCGAAGCCCAACGUGAUAUGUCUACCAAUCCAGCUGCGGACCCAUUUGGUGGUUUUACGCAUUAUGGAUUAAUGCGUCCUCCGCUGGCCACUAUCGAGGAUGUACAUGAAGCAGGAGCCGAAACCGCUGAACCCGAGAUCCAAAACCCAGUUCGUGCUGCCGACCCCUACACCCAGCAUGUGCUUCAUGCAGCUCCAUCUUUCGAAUCUACUUCUACUGCUCGCAUGCCAGGGGCCUCAACACCUACGCCGAAGUUCUCCACAAUGCAGGGCGUAGAAACAUCCAUUCGCACCAUUUUCGCCGCAUUUGACGCGUUCCAGAUGCUUAAUGACCCUUACGUAAAUGAAGAGUAUGGAGUUUUGAAGCUCCCUCCACGGGCUGUCUCCACCGUUCUUCCUAAUGACGACCCGCGUUUUGUCCUCUGGGGUUUGCCGGCCAAGUUCGAGCUUCCUCAACGUGAACAGAGCCCCAGCCGCUUGCGUUCUGGUUCCGACCCUACAGGUUCAUCAUCCCGCCCUGAGAGCAUCGAAUCCGUCGGGCGGCGGCCAUUAGUCCUUGCGGCAACCAUCGAAAGAUGGAUUGCACAACUGUCAUCAGAACGAAACGCUGAAGACCUGCAAAUAUUCUUCCUUACCUAUCGAGCUUUCAUCUCAUCAAUGGAUCUCUUACAUAUUCUCAUAUCUCGCUUUCACUGGACUCUAGAUCCGUCUUCCUCGACCUCUCUACCUCACCCCCACAAUUCCGGAGAUCUUAAUGGUGUACUUGCCACCAUCCGUAUGCGGACUUUCCUCCUCUUUGAAUAUUGGCUAGGCCAUUUCUUUUCGUUCGAUUUCAUAUCAAACCCCAAACUCGGCAUCGUGCUUACAACAUGGUUGAAUGCACUCCAUCGCAGUCCGCUUUUGGAUUCGCGGGCUGAUGCCCAGGGACUUGCCAAGAAGCUCGCUAAGCUCAUUGUUCGAAUGAAAACCAGGCAUUGGGACGAAGGUUUCUCCCGACUUCCGUCACAUAUUCGCCGGAAUAUAAUCGAUGGCAUAAUUCAACCACUUCCUCCACCAUCCCUUGGUUGUUCAGUUUUACUACCACUUCUUUUCAAGGGUCACGAUAUCUUCCAACAUCCAUCGCGGAUUAACCUAGAAGAUGUCGACCUUGAUUUCUCAAUCCCCCCUCCGGAUGGCUGGGGCGAGAACGAUGCAGGUAGUCCACUUCGACUGCAAGCUAUCCCUCCGCACGGGCUGCUCUCGUCCACGAAUGUAAAUGACCUGAAUGACUUGCUUACAGAUGACUUCGAGGCCCACGCGCACAUGAGGCUCCACUCCUCUCUAGGGAUUCGCCCGACCAGUCCCCCUCUUCCGCCAAUGCAUCGCCAUGGAAAGCUCUCACGUGUGAUCCUUGGUACGGUUGGCAAAGUUUUUCGUAUCGGUCGUCAUCGUCACAGUUCUGGGUUGCCGCUGAAAGAGGAUGACUUGCCAGAAGAUGAUUUGCAGUUGGAUGCGGAUGGUAACCUAAUUAAGGUCACUGAGGAUGACAGAACUAGUUCAUCCCUUGCCUCCCUUGAUACUCAUUUUAAAAAUCCUCCAUCACUGUUCUUGACUUCAGAAGCGCCGUCCACACCCUCGCUCACCGAUGUUAGUGGGACUUUGGACUCUAGGUCGAUGCGGUUUGAGGAGGGUCCCUCCGAAGAUUAUCGAAGGGGGGAUUCUCUCGGCGACCCUAAUCCGUUGCAGGCAGCACAACCAGAAGGUGCAAGAAAAAGCGAAGAGGCGUCGUCGUCCAUGUCUGCCCCGAUGAGCCUGCAUCAGCAUUCCCCGCAGAGCCUAAGAAGCUCAUCUGUCUUCUUGCGAAAUGCUCGUUCCUCGAUCACCUCAUGGAGGUCUUCAAUGUCAAGCCUCGGCAACUUAUUACCUCGCAGAUCUGUGGCCCAGGCUACUUACCCUUACCCUCCAGGGCUUCUGAAUGUUGUGUCAAUCGAUGAUUAUGAGUCUGAUGGCUCCGACGCCGAUCCGCGCUCAAAAUUGCGGCCGACACGACGCAGGCUACCGCGGCGUGAUGAUGCGACUUUCGUUCGUCGUUCGGUCUAUUCUACAUCUUCAGGUGUCAACUCAACAUUGAGUGAAGGGGCGUCCAGCGCUCAUGAUGCCGAAGACAGGAGAAUAGGCCAGCGCUCCCUCAAGAUGUGGCACCUAAGGCCUGUACAGCGCAAUUUCGUACAGAAGGAAUCUGGUCGUGGUGACCCGGAGGAUGCAUUACGGAGGCUCGAAGGCCAGGUAGAUGCUAAGAUGAUUGAAGAAAAUCACCAGAAGAUUGAUGACUGGCUCAACUGGGUGGAGAGACGAGAGGCUGGUGAGGCGACCGACACUGGAUCGCUCGAUGAGUUCCAGUCGGAUUCUGAUGAGGAUGAAUAUGGUUUUCCCGUGGAUGUUAUUCACGACGAGUCGACUGCCGCUGACGAUUCAGACACCCCACCCGUACCUGCUGGGAGUCAAGAACCUGCGCUGGACAGUGGAAAGUCAGAUGAUCUGACAUUUCCCGAGCCGGAGACUAGUGAGGAACGAACAAGCACUCACCCUAAUGCGGCGGAUGCUGCGACAGCCGGCCCUCGUCUAGUCGCCACCCAGGUUCCCCAGGUCGCUCCCAGCUCACCACAUCAUUCCUUCAUCCUGGAUUUCAGUGCGCAGGAGAUAGCAGAACAAAUGACGGUUGUGGAUCAUGAAAUGUUCGAGAAGAUUCAGUUCCAUCACCUCCUGUCCCUGGACUGGGCAAAGCCUGAUUUACUGUCGAAGUCAUGGAUCGAGUUCAUUAAGGAACGCAGCCGGCUGGAGUUUGAGGCUGGUCAAUAUCCUGAACGCAACAUACAGAAAAUUAAUGAUGUUGCUGCUGUGAGAGUUCGUGCUCAUAGCGUCACUCGCUUUGUCUCGACCGAAAUUGCACAGUCUUUACUGAGUGAACGAUCGUCAUUAUUUUGUAAAUUUGUUCGAGUGGCUUGGAAAUUGUAUCUUAUCAACAAUUAUUCCUCGCUCGUAGCAGUUUUGGCUGGGCUUCUUAAAAGUCAAACGCGUUCUGCCAUGGCGGAAGCCAAUUGCACGCUCCCAAUAUGGGAAUCGCGUGUAUUGGCGGACUUGAUGGCAUUCACCUCGAAAGCUGAUAACUUCAGCUACGUUCGGAAAAAAGUUGAGAGUCUAGCGGGUAUGCGGAAUCAUCCUCCUUCACUACCUAAACAUCAAGAGACUCAAAUCUUGGCAUGUAUCCCUCUACUGUCUGUCUAUUUCAAUGCCAUGUACGAUCUUUUACUUCUCCCUAACUACAUCGAUCCAUCUGCACUGUACAAGCGUAUUGGCCCCAACGACAACCUCCUUCACCCCGAACUGUUUGACGAACUUCCUGAAUUACCAGAUGGAGCAACCUUGAAGCCAUUGAUUAACGUCCAGAAACAACGUUUUAUUGCGUGGCUCAUCAAAGACUUUGCGGAGGGACAACUGCUGACCCGUAAAUACAACUACCCGCGACAUUCGCAGUUGUACAUAAGAAUAUGGCAGCUCGGAGACAAAAAGCCACUUCGGACUAGUUAAUGUUCGCCAAGGAUUAUUUACCCAUUUUCAUGACUCGCAAUGACAGUUCACGUUGACAAUACCAGUUGUUGUGAUUGAUUUAGACAUACAAUUAUCCUUUCUGUGCUUUGUUGGACGUCCAUUCGGUGUUGCAUUGCGUGAGAUGUAACUACUAGAAUAUUAGUUUGAUAUGGCAGACAGUAUUCAAA